GGGCGUGGGGCGCGACCGCGCAGCUGCCGUUUCCAUUACCUUCCUGCCAUGGUCUCCUUCCGGUUCUCGAUGCUUCUCUGAGUCUGAGGGUUUCCGCCGGUCGUCUACCCUUCCCCCCCAGCCCAUGACCCGCCUCCGGCCCCCGCCCUCCAAGUCCAACCUCCGAUCUGUUUAAUAAGAAGGUGCUGUUCCGAAAAGGAGAAAGGGGUUGGCACAGAUCCGCUCGGCCCGUGUCGUGGGGAGGAAACCGUCCGCCUUCAGCCUUAGAUUCGUCCUGUGCUCGCGACGGCGGCGUUGGCGGACUGAUACGCGGCGGUGAAGAGGCGCCUGUGUCUGGCAGAGCCGGUGUGAGACGAAGAGACAAUCCUUCCCAGCCGCCGGGAAAAUCAAGAGUUUUGGCCGGACCUUCGAGCACACACCGAGAUAGUGAGGAGCCAGACGAAAAGCACAGACUAUGGCGCUGAAACGGAUUAAUAAGGAACUUAGUGAUUUGGCCCGUGACCCUCCAGCACAAUGUUCUGCAGGUCCAGUUGGGGAUGAUAUGUUUCAUUGGCAAGCCACAAUUAUGGGACCUAAUGACAGCCCAUAUCAAGGCGGUGUAUUCUUUUUGACAAUUCAUUUUCCUACAGACUACCCCUUCAAACCACCUAAGGUUGCAUUUACAACAAGAAUUUAUCAUCCAAAUAUUAACAGUAAUGGCAGCAUUUGUCUCGAUAUUCUAAGAUCACAGUGGUCUCCUGCUUUAACUAUUUCUAAAGUUCUUUUAUCCAUUUGUUCACUGCUAUGUGAUCCAAACCCAGAUGACCCCCUAGUGCCAGAGAUUGCACGGAUCUAUAAAACAGACAGAGAUAAGUACAACAGAAUAUCUCGGGAAUGGACUCAGAAGUAUGCCAUGUGAUGCUACCUUAAAGUCAGAAUAACCUGCAUUAUAGCUGGAAUAAACUUUAAAUUACUGUUCCUUUUUUGAUUUUCUUAUCCGGCUGCUCCCCUAUCAGACCUCAUCUUUUUUAAUUUUAUUUUUUGUUUACCUCCCUCCAUUCAUUCACAUGCUCAUCUGAGAAGACUUAAGUUCUUCCAGCUUUGGACAAUAACUGCUUUUAGAAACUGUAAAGUAGUUACAAGAGAACAGUUGCCCAAGAUUCAGAAUUUUUAAAAAAAAUGGAGCAUGUGUAUUAUGUGGCCAAUGUCUUCACUCUAACUUGGUUAUGAGACUAAAACCAUUCCUCACUGCUCUAACAUGCUGAAGAAUCAUCUGAGAGGGAGGGAGAUGGAUGCUGAGUUGUCACAUCAAAGGAAGCAGCAUUAUUCUAGCAGCAUCCAUUCUUGUUUAAGCCUUCCACCGUUAGAGAUUUGAGGUUACAUGAUAUACUUUAUGCUCAUAACUGAUAUGGCUGGAGAAUUGGUAUUGAAUUUAUAGCAUCAGCAGAACAGAAAAUGUGAUGUAUUUUAUGCAUGUCAAUAAAGGAAUGACCUGUUCUUGUUCUACAGAGAAUGGAAAUUGGAAGUCAAACACCCUUUGUAUUCCAAAAUAGGGUCUCAAAACAUUUUGUAAUUUUCAUUUAAAUUGUUAGGAGGCUUGGAGCUAUUAGUUAAUCUAUCUUCCAAUACACUGUUUAAUAUAGCACUGAAUAAAUGAUGCAAGUUGUCAAUGGAUGAGUGAUCAACUAAUAGCUCUGCUAGUAAUUGAUUUAUUUUUCUUCAAUAAAGUUGCAUAAACCAAUGAGUUAGCUGCCUGGAUUAAUCAGUAUGGGAAACAAUCUUUUGUAAACGCAAAGCUGUUUUUUGUAUAUACUGUUGGGAUUUGCCUCAUUGUUUGACAUCAGAGAUGAUGUAAAGUUCAAGAGAGUGAAUAUUUUGCCAUGUUCAGUUAAAAGUAUGCAGUCUGUUACAGGUUGACACAUUGGUUGACCUGAUUUAUGCAGAAUUUGCUAUUCAGAUAGUGUAGCUUUAGUAUGCUGCAUAUGAUACUGGCAGCCUGGGAGUUCAUAGAUGGACUUGGGACCCAGCAGAUUUGAAACAUGUAUAUGGAGUUUAAGAAAUUUAUUUUCCAGGUGCAACCCCUAUCUAACUAAAUUUUUUCUUCACCUUGUACGCUUGACAGCUGAAAAGACCAUAACAUGGGAGUAAUAAUGGGUCAAAAUUUACAAAAUAAAAUACUGUUUUGGUGUGGGAGUUGUCAUGAGGCUAUGUUGAAGUGACUGACUAUGUGGGAUAUUGAGUUUUUUAAUGGAUUGAAUAUCCAUUAAAAUGGAUUUGUUCAGCCAUUUACAUUAAUGAGCAUUUAAAUGCAACAGAUACCAUUUCAGGUGACUUAACAUGAAUGAAUAAAAGUCAAUGCUAUUGGAUUAUUUUUUGUUUGACAAGUGCAAUCUGUGCCACUUAUGUAACUUCUGUAGUAACAAGGGCAUUAUCAUUCUUCACCCUAUCUAAUUCUGACCCUAUAGUUUUAUUAUUUUUUCCUAGUUUCUUUGAUUUGUCCAUUGCUUUCUUAUGGUCCUGUAUUCAACUUCUAGCACAUCUGUGACUUUUCUCCACUUACACAUAUUUGCACUGCUUACACUUAUGUGCAAUCUUACUCCUUGUCUGCACACAGAUGUGGAAAGCUAGAUAUAAAAUAAAUGUUAAAGCUUGAUUUUUAUAAACAUUUUAA